AUGUUAGGGACUCGGACUCGGAAUAAAUUUUUGAGGACUCGGACUCGGCUCGGACUCGGUCCCUCCCGGACUCGCCCAUGCCUGAUGGGUAAUCAUCAUCAAGUUGUGAAAAGUUGGUUGAAUGAUUCUGUAAUGACACCGAUCAUUGUUGCUGGAACUGGUAUUGAAGGAUCUAAUUCAAAUCAACUCUCGUAUCCUCGUGGAAUCUUUGUCGAUGUGAACUUGGAUUUAUAUGUCACAGAUUGUAAUAAUAAUCGAGUUCAAUUGUUUCGGUUAGGAAACUCAAAUGGCAUCACAGUAGUAGGAAGGCUAUCACCAAAUCCAACAAUUUCGCUUAGUUGUCCAACUGACAUUGUGUUAGAUGAUGAGAAAUAUUUAUUCAUUGUGGAUAGUUUCAAUGAUCGCAUUGUUGGAUCAGGAGUGAAUGGUUUUCGAUGUUUAGUUGGAUGUUAUGGAGGAGCUCAUUUAUUUAAUCAACCAAAAUUUUGUUCAACACCAGUUUGGAAUCGCAAUGGAAUCACUUUUGCUAAUCAAAUGGCCCUUGGUUCUAAACCUCUCACUAUUUUUAUCAAUGAAAAAAAUUCAGUUUACACGAUUAAUAAAGAAAAAACACAAAUUUUAAUUUGGCAUGAAGGUAAUAUUGAUCCAGCAAUGAUCAUUCUUAGUGAUUUUUAUAAUCCAUCUUCUCUUUUCGUUACAUCGAAUGGUGAUAUUUAUAUUGAUAAUGGUGAAAAGAAUGGUCGAGUGGAGAAAUGGAUAUCAAAUACCAGUACUUGGGUUACGGUUUUGUUUGCUUAUUCAUCAUGCAAGGGUCUCUUUAUUGACACAAUGGAUAAUUUAUAUUGUUCGAUGUCUAAUCAUCAUCAUGUUGUGAAAAGAUAUUUGUACGAUCGUAUUACGACAUUGGCUGGCGUCGCUGGAACAGGUGAUAAAGGAUCUGAUGAUGAUCAGCUUAAUCAUCCUCAUGGAAUUUUCGUCGAUGAAAAGUUCGAUUUAUAUGUAGCAGACUGCGGAAAUAAUCGAGUUCAAUGCUUUCGUUCAGGGAAAUCAGAUGGCAUCACUGUCGCAGGAGAUAAAUCAUUCAGUUCCACAAUUUCUCUUAAUUGUCCGACUGGGAUAACAUUUGAUGCUGAGAAAUAUUUAUUUAUUGUCGAUUCAAAUAAUCAUCGAAUUCUUCGAUUAGGACCAAGUGGUUUUCGAUGUGUUGUUGGAUGUCGUGAAGGUGUUUUCCAAUCCACUCAAUUGUCUUCUCCAUUUAGUCUUAGUUUUGGUCAUUUUGGAAAUAUGUUUGUUACUGACGCAGGAAAUAAUCGAAUUCAAAAGUUUCAAUAUCUGAAAAAUUCUUGUGAUAUGUCAUCAGUUGUUCAAUGGACAAACUCAUCAGCACUAACCACGAACAGUCAGAUCUAUUCCCGAGAUUGUGGCCAAGACAAGUUUUACUAUGACUCCUUCGAGGUGAAGGUGCCUGAAAGUCGCUACUAUACUAUAUGGAGCAGUAGUAAUAUUGAUACUUUCGGAUACAUCUACGAAAAUAGUUUCGAUCCACUCAAUCCAUCUGCAAAUUCGUCAAGAAAAGAUAAUGAUGGCGAAUUUAAUGGUCAAUUUAAAUUUGAAAUUCCUCUUUAUGUUAAUACUACAUACAUCUUGGUUGUCACAACAUUUCAUCCAAUAACUCUUGGCGAAAUCAACAUCACUAUAUGGGGUUUAAAGGAUGUCACUGUCAAGCGUCUCACUCCACAUAAAACACUUGGCUCUUGUUUCGUAUUAGAAUAUUUGGGAUUAAUUUUGGACACGAUUCGUUUUCAAAUUAUAGUACCAGACGAGAAAAAACUUCGUAUUAUUGAAUCUAUUGAAUCCGUUUUACAUAAACGCAUAAUUAAUAAAAGACAACUUUUUAGCCUUCUUGGACAUCUUCAAUUUGCCAUGCGCGCUAUAUUACCCGGUCGUUGGUUUCUGUCAUUUCUUAUAACACUUUCUACUUCAGUUAAACAACUAUUUCAUAAUGUGACAGUUGGUCAAGAAUGUAAAAAUGAUCUGAUGAUGUGGUUCAAAUUUCCACAGUUAUGGAAUGGUGUGUCAUUUUUUAUGCAACCGUCUUUAACGUUGGUUUCUGAUCUAGAUCUCUACACUGAUGCCGUGACUUCAUUAGGUUUUGGUAUUGUUUAUGGAAAUAAAUGGCGUUACGAUAGCUGCAGUAAUGCUCCACUUCAAGAAUAUUUUGUUAAUCCUAAGCCUAGUAUCGCUUAUUUGGAAUUAUACUCUGCAGUUGUUGCCUCUCUUUUGUGGGGAAAAGAAUGGUCAUCUAAACGCACUUUGUUUCACUCUGAUAAUACUGCUACCGUCCAAAUUAUCAAUAAGGGACGUUCGCGUUGUCCGGCCAUAAUGAAAGUAAUGAGACAUUUAACUUUACAAGCAGCUAAAUGUAACUUUUAUGUUAGAGCUCGUUAUGUACCAGGCAAACAUAAUGUUCUAGCUGAUCCUUUCUCUUGUUUGAAAAUUCAGAAAUUCAAAGCCUUAUUGCCAACAGCCGACGAAUUUCCAGUUCCAGUUCCUCAUGCUUCUCAAGUUAUUUAUCUUUAG